AUGUAUGUUCAGAAGCCAGGACACGAUCUUCCUGAAAUAAACUCCCUAGAUCAUCAAAUUGCGCUGGCACGUGGCUCAACCAUGGCACUUGAGACUAUGCGAACUCGCUUACGGUACUCAAAAGGAAAGAACACGCUGUCACUUCAAGAAUUGAAAUACGAAAAGCUCCGCCAAUAUGAGCAACAGAAAAAUGAGAAUAAUUUCUACCAAUCUUGCCGAGAUAUACUUCAUGAGCUCAUCGCGGCGGCCACUGAGGUCGCGGAAGACCUGACGUCACCAUACGACUUUGAGCCGGGAAUGAUUGCUUCCAAUACCGCAAAAGCUUUAGCGGGAGCUAGACUUUUACGCGGGGCUCUAGAGGAUUCUCGUGUGCAGGAAGCGCGAGCAGAACAUAAAUGGAAACGGGAGUGGAAUUCAUCACGAGUUUGCAAGCCGAUUGCGCGUUGGAUUUGA